AUGAAGCUGCGAAGACGCGACGCCGAAGGCCAUGCGGCCGUGAAGCCGCAACAUUGCAAAGACGUAGGCCGCGAAGCCGUCAAGGUGAAAGAUGCAAAGCCGCUAGAUUGCGGCACCACAAAAUCAGGAGCUACGAAGCCACAUAGAUGCGUCGCUGGGGGCUGCGUGAUAGCCAAGUACAUAGAUUUCGAGGUCAGGCUACCGAGAGCUAGACUGUCUCCAUCACCGAAAAAGAGCCUGCCUGGAUUUCGUUCUCAAGGCAGCAAGACUCCACAACUCCAGACAAGCUCGGCCGCUACUGAUGGAGGUUUGGUCUUGUGGGCAAACCUUUGCUCUUUAACUGAGUCAGGACUGAAUCUGGUAUAUGGAUAUAGUAAAAAAAUUGGUAUGUGGAGAUCAUGUCGAAGGGGGUUUGAGGAAGAUAAUUCAGUUCGUUCAUUUCAUAACAUUUUGCCGCUAGUACAAACUACUGAACGCACGCCAUCGCUGCCACGCCCGUGCUGGCCCGCCUCUUCCGACUUCGGCGGCAGGUCGGCAGCAACCAGCGGAGGUCUGACCACGACAGUAACAACGAUGCAAACUGCACAAUCUCAGAAUGUAAGUCCUCACAUGCGAUGA